CGUUGCGCUGCCAAGCAAGCAACAAAGCAAAGCAAGGAAGAAAGUCUCGUGCAGCGGCGUCAACGCAAGCAGUUUAUCGCCUUCCGAAGCGGAAUUCGUACGGGCGGCUACUUUCCCGCGUCUCGCAUCUGGGAAAGGUCACAAAGGGGAAGACUCCUCAACCAAGCAACCUUCGCUCAUUCGCUGAUGGUCGGUGAUUAGCGCCACUCCUACUCGUUAAAAUAAAAAACAAUAAAGGAGAGAGAGCAUGCGGUAAAGAGAGAGGGAUGGAAAGGGACCAAUCCGGCCCAGGUUUCCCGAAAUCUUAAUGUCCCUCUUCUUUCCCUCUUUUAAAUUCUAAUAACUUUCUUGAUAUCUUACUUCACCACAGGAUUUGGACUAACUACUCCGAGUGGAUGAUCCGCGGCGCUCUAAAAACAUGUUGAAUUUUCGAUCCUUUCAUCCGGAAGAGGAAAAAAAAGCUUGAAUUCUUGUCUUGAUAAUUAGUUUAGCCUUUUUGGAUUCUUGAGAGGAUCUCGUGGUGGUUUAUUGCUUCGUGGUUCCGGCACUCAGCGGUUACUUACGACUUCUUAUUUAGAAAUACAAAGUUUUGUUUGCAUCUUCGUGGAACCCGACAAUUGAGAAAGAGAAGAAAUUGGGAUGAUGGUGGUGGUCUCCUCAAGUAACCGUGGCCAUAGUUUUUGUGCCUCUCAGUUUGCUUUAAAAAAAAAAUAAAGAAAAAAGUUUGCCCCUUCCAAAAUUCAUGAUUUCAUAUUACCUGUUCUAACCUGUAAUUUGCAAUUGAUUGGUCUGUGGCAAUGCAAACUCUCUUUUAAGUUCCUCAGCAAUGCUUCCUUCUUCAUCACCAAUUCGUGUCGGUGGCUGGAAUAAUGAUUUAGGACGCUCUAUUAAGCUAUUGGUUUGCAGCUAAUGUGACAGAUGGGUGUUCCUUGACCUCUGUUGGAGCAAGUCUCUUUACAUGGGAUCACUUCUCUUCUUCCUUCGUUCGUCUGUUGGUGUAAAGAUUAUGAUGAUUGCAUCAUGAUGCUUAUGCAUAUAACAUGAAUACGUAGUGAUUCGGGGUGAUGGUAUGAGACAAUGUCUGCUCCGUGUUGAAGCUCAUUAGUCACAAUCUGUUGAAGCUUGUAGGCUGUAAUCUGUCAGGAAUAAUCCUCCACCUUUUACUAACAUCUUGUUUUCUGAAAUGAAAAAAGUGUAGUUCGAGCAUAAUACAUCUGAAUAAGGUCAUAGAGGAAAUAGCCAUAAAGUCUUGUAGACAUCAAGCCUAUUUUUUGUCAAAAAGAGCCAUCUCUCCUUACAACUAGUAUCGGUUCUAUUAAUGUUAUUCAGAUUAUUUUGUGAUUAUGUCGAGUUGUUCUAGAGAUAAGAGCAUGUAUGUUGUUCAUCACCUCCUUUAACCCCAUUUAGUCCCUUAGGAGCUGAGGUUAUAACUAAAAAAAUUCUUAGAAAAAUGUCUCUCCAAGUAAUUGCUUGCUAAACUCAACUCAAAAAUUGGCUUUCUUUAUGCUAAGUGGCAACAGGCUGUAUUAGUGAAAUUAAUUGCAUCCCAAGCCAUGCAUCUUUAUUUGUCUAGCACAUUAUUAGAAAAUUGAAGUGGCUUUCACAUCAAGGCUCGGUUCCAUUUGUUACUAACCUGUUUGGAUUAUCUAUAUUGAGCAGCUAAGCUGUGGCCGCCAUGAGUAACUACUACCCCAGCCAUGGUGAUAAAAAUGGUGUAUUGGAGCGUUGUCUCAAAGACAUCCUUUCUUUAAUCAAACCCUCAGAAACUGAUCGAAUAAGACGACUAAAUACCAUUCGUGAGCUUGCAACCUAUGUUGGAUCCCUAGAAAGCUUGGAAGCAGGUGCUGUUGUGAAGCCGUUUGGAUCUUUUACUUCAAACCUUUAUUCAAAAUGGGGUGAUCUGGAUAUAUCUGUUCAACUGUCCAGCAAUUUCCAUAUUUCUACUGGUAAAAAUCGUAAGCAAGAUAUACUACGGGACAUAAUGAGAGCUCUGCGAAGAAAUGGUGUUGUUCAUAAUUUGCAGUUCAUACCCAAUGCAAGAGUUCCUCUGCUUAUAUAUGAAAGCAAGUACCAUGGCAUUUCUUGUGAUGUCUCCAUUGAUAACCAUAUGGGUCAAAUCAAGUCCAAAAUCCUCCUCUGGAUUGCUGAUAUGGAUGAGCGUUUCCGUGACAUGGUUUUAUUGGUCUGUGGUUGUUAUACAUCAGGCAACUUUCUGAUUUGUUUGGAUCUGUUCUUUCCAAUUAAUAUUUUAUUAUGCAUGCAGACCAAGGAAUGGGCCAAAGCACAAAAUAUCAAUGACCCGAAGUCUGGAACUUUAAAUUCGUUCUCACUCUGUUUGCUGGUUAUCUUUCAUUUUCAGACAUGUGAACCUGCAAUUUUGCCACCUCUGAGCGAGAUAUAUGGAGGAAAUAUUGCUGAUGAUAUUGCAGGAAUGAGGUUCCUUACUGAGCGACACAUUGAGGAUGUGUGUGCUACAAGCAUAGCAAGGUUUAGGUCCCAGAGUUUCAGACAGAGAAACCAAAGCUCACUCUCUGAACUCCUCAUUUCCUUUUUUGAAAAGUUUGCUAGAGUUGAAACUUUGUCAUCAGAGUAUGCCAUCUGCACAUAUACCGGUCGAUGGGAAAGAAUCAGGAGCAAUCCCAAAUGGAUGAGGAAAUCCCACAGCAUUUUUAUAGAAGAUCCUUUUGAGCAACCAGAUAAUGCUGCCAGAGCUGUUGGCAUGAACAAGCUGAGAAUAAUAUCAAAUGCAUUCCUGGAUGCUUAUCAUAAACUCUCUUCUGGUCCAAUGAUCGUGGACCGGGACUCUCUCAUUGCUAGUUUAACAAGGCCUCACAUCAGUUCACAGCUAGGUGUAAGAACACAUGUUCAUCAUGCAACUAACGGAGUUCGCAGUCACCAACAUGAGAUUGGCUACUCAGGCUAUGCAACAGCUGAAACAAUCCAUGAUCAAUUCCAGAAUGUUCUAAGACUGGAUAGAUACAGGCCAUCAUCUUCCACAUCUUUCACUGUUCCAUUGCAAGGGCAAGGAGCUUUCAACGUGCAAGGCCAGCGGACGAGAAGGCAACGCCGUCCAAACAGAUAAUGGGCAACUUCGGAACUUGGGUGAAGUUCGGAAGCUAUCACCUUGCAUGAUACAGGCAUAAGAUCAUAUCAAGUUGUUUGGCUGUCAUUUUAUUUUUGGCUUUGAUUAGUCUUGGGUAUUGUACUGGAUACACUUCAAGAGAUUGCACCUUAUUUGUGGUCAUAUGGUCUCUUAAUAUGCUGGAAAGUUAACAAACCUGUCGCUUUCCACAGAAAAAGAAAAAAAAAAGGAAGCUGAUAUUGUGGUAAUCCUCACAAGCUGUCUUUGGUGCAGCAUAAGCCACUUCGAACAGAGAGAUUGCAAUCGAGAUUUUUGCCAAACUCCUACAA